CGCUCGUUAAAAACAGCUUCGCGUUGACACAACUAAUUUUUUACCCGCAGUUAAACAACUUGUCAGUGUCGGUGUAGUGUUUUCUGGCGCAGCUAACAGUUGCUAUGUUAUUGUAGCUAGAAAUGCUGGCUCAUUGGUUCAUCGCUGUGAGGAGGUUUUUAACAGUAAAGUUCACAUACAGCUGUGUUCCGGAAAUUAACAGUUGCACGAGCAUAUGCGAGCAAAAACGACCGAAGCAGAGACAACGACGACUCGUUAACAAGAGCUAUUUGUUUUUUGUUUUUUUAUGGAAAUGUAAUAUUAAAAUGUUUCCCGCUGAUUGGUGAGGGCAGUAAAUACCAUGUGGAAGUCACAUGAACGACAAGGAUGAGGCACAAACAAGGAGGCAGUUUGAGGAGAGAGACGCUGCACACUGUUUGUCGUAGGGAGGGGGUCUGCUGCUGCUGCUGCUGGUAGAGAACCUCCUACCAGGCUGUGGCCCAGUGUCACACGUUUAUGCAAUGAACAGCACCACUCCUCCUCCUCCUGCCAUCGUCGAUGGAGAUGUGGCAGUCAGCUAUGUAUUGGUGCCAUUUUUCCUCAUCACCAUCAUUGGUAUAGUUGCGGCUGUGGUCAUGUAUAUUCGAAGGAAAAGAAGAAUUGACAGACUUCGUCAUCAGCUGUUACCAGUUUACACCUACGAUCCCUCAGAGGAGCUACACGAAGCUGAGCAGGAAAUGUUGUGGAGAGAAGAGGACACUCGGAUUGUACAAGGUUGGGCAAGAAGUUAUCAACAGCGAUACCCUCUUCUGGCCAAAGACGUCAGUGCAUGACAGUGAACCAUGGAGCUGAUCAUUGUCAGCAGAUUGCCUUUCAGCCACAGAGAUCUGACAUAUUCUCUUUUUUUGCUUUUCUUUUCCACUGUCCAUCAUAUCAUCUUUGAGCACAUCAGCAAGAGACAUCUUAUUGUUUUUUAGGUUCUGCUGCCAAUUCCAUGUGCCUAACAGACACUUAUUUAUUUGAAAUUAUUUAUUCAAACUUUGAGUCACGUCACUGAAUACCGCAGUAAGACAAAGCCGAGAAAGGUGGUAUGUGUGGAAGGAUACAGUUUCCUACAUGUGGACUGAACUGUUUACAUUUAACUGGUGACACUGUGGCAGGCGGUCAUGUUCCUGUAUGUACUGAUGAUAUUUUAUAGACUUAAGUUUCUGCACAAGGAAAAAAAACAAAACUCAUGCUAUAAGAGGGUUUGUGAUCAAUGCCUGGACUGCAGAGGUCGAUUGUAUCAUAUAUAUAAAAAAACAAAUUAUGUUUUUGAUGUAAUACUGUUAAAUAACAUUUGUUGACAUGAAACUCUAGAAGAUAAUUUCCAAAAACAGCUUAACUUCAGUUUUAUGUUAAGUUAAAAUUAGUUGUCAAAAUUAGGUUAGCGUAUAUUUUCGGUUUCACUCUGACUUUAAAGGUUGAACACAGCCCUUUUGUUUUUGAUUUACCCAUUGACGAUAUUCCUCUUUUUUGCAUUUUGGCCAAAUCCUAUGACUCUCAUCAAAGGAAUGACAAGCCAGUUACAAACGUAAAUAGCACCAUCCUCCUCCAAUCCGCCAGAAAUGAGCGGUGACUAGUGCCCCAAAUAUGUCCUGUCUGAAAGGCAUGGCACCAGCAUAAAUGAAUCCCUAACAGGAAUCUGUUCAGAUGAAUUCCAUAGGUCUGACUUUAACAAGCACUUUGGAAAGCCUUGCUGUUUUUCCCCUCCUUUGUAAAACUGUAACCUCUCCUUACCUUAAUUCUUGGUCAUGAAUGUAAACCGAACAAAUCACAAAUUGUAAUGGACAGCCAACACUCACGCAGUUCAGGGACACGAGAACACGCUCUGUGGUGCUUCCAGGUCAUUUUAUACUUUGUUCAUUUUCUCUACAUCUUUUUAAAUUAUUGGUAUGAAACGUACCAUUCCGUUUAAUGGUACAAAUAUUUAAUCAUAGGACUGGUGAACUUCACACAGAAUGCUCUGAUGUCAUGUUGCACAUGUUGGCUGAUGUAAAUGUUAAAAAGCAACACAUUUAUGGUGUUUUACUUUGAGUGUUUUGAGAAGACAAAUAGAAAGGGUGUUGUGAAAGAUGUAAAUAAAAAGUUCCUUCUUGAAAUGCAACCAUGGAUGAACACACAACAAUACACAAAUGACAAAGAAAAUUCUCUUUAUUGACCAUUUCAGAUACAAAUUGUUGUUGGGCACCAUAGAAAUAUAGACAUUGUACAUUUAUGUGAUCCCAUCCUAUUGAGUUGACAGUAUAUAAAUGAACAGAUGC